GGGAGCGGUGGGCGCCGCGCACCGAGCCCUGCCCGGCCGGCCCCCGCCUGCCCAGCAUGUCCGUAACAGAUCAAGCCUUUGUGACCCUUGCUACUGAUGAUGUGUACUGUCAAGGUGCUCUCGUUCUCGGACAGUCAUUGAGGAAUCAUAAGACAUCCAGAAAACUGGCAGUUCUAAUUACUCCAGAGGUUUCCAGUGGGAUGAGGUCAGUCCUCAGCAGUGUAUUUGAUGAAGUGAUCGAGGUGAGCGUGCUGGACAGCGCUGACUCAGUCCACUUGGCUCUGAUGCAGAGGCCAGAGCUGGGUGUAACCUUCACUAAGCUUCGUUGUUGGACUCUCACUCAUUACAGCAAAUGUGUCUUCAUGGAUGCAGACACUUUGGUACUUUGCAAUGUUGAUGAGCUGUUUGAUCGAGAAGAGUUUUCAGCAGCUCCUGAUUCUGGCUGGCCUGACUGCUUCAACAGUGGUGUGUUUGUGUUCCGACCCUCCUUGAAGACCUACAGGCUGCUGCUCCAGUUUGCUGCUGAGCAUGGCAGCUUUGAUGGAGGCGAUCAAGGCUUGUUGAACAGCUUCUUCAGCAACUGGGCAACAGCAGAUAUAGGCAAGCACUUGCCUUUCCUCUAUAACUUAAGCAGCAGCUCUGUAUACACCUAUGUUCCUGCUUUCAAUCAUUUUGGUAGAGAUGCCAAAGUUGUUCACUUCUUGGGAGCAACAAAGCCCUGGAACUACAAAUACAACCUUCAAACAAAGAGAGUUAUGCAGGAUGACACCACUGCUGAAUCUUUUCAUCAACUGUCAUUUCUUGCCCUCUGGUGGAAUAUAUACAGUGCCAGUAUAUUGCCUUUGUUGGAAAAACUUCAAAAGAUGGAAGAAUCAGAAUCUGAGGAAUGCAAGCACUCUUUCAAUGGAGUUGAAGUUACCCUGAAGAAGGUCAGUCCUUACGUGGCCAGUUCACUGCCUAAGCCUGAGCUCCCAGAGCAGACGAAUGAUGUAAAUCCCUCAGCACGCUCACCCGAGGAACUUGCUUCCAGAGCUCGACCUGUAUGUGAAGUCGAACCAAGAGAUUCUAACGUCCGUCUCUCUGAGCCUGACAGACCUUCAGAACAACCUGUAUUUCAACCUGCAUUUCAGGAAACCUCAGAAAUGAACGAGGUUGCACAUUCUAUUUCAGAGCUGUCUAUUCACUUCAUACCAGCAAAACCAAGUCCAGAAGAUGAACGGAGAAAAUGGGAGGAGGGGCGCAUGGACUAUAUGGGGAAAGAUGCUUUUGAACAUAUCAAAAAGAAGUUGGAUGCAUUUUUACACUAAGGGUGUAUUGUUAUGCUCAUCAUGAUAGAUUUCUUUAUAAAUGCAAUUCUUGAAUACUUGGCUGUUUUUAACCUGUUUAGCUGACACCAGGUAGAGGUUAUUAUGGAUCCUCAUAUGUUCUUGGGGGGCCUUAACAGAUACAGAAUCUUUUGGUUUUUAACUGAUGAAUGUGCCUCAACUUUAUUGUUACUCGUGUCUCAUCUUCACUGUUCUCACAGAGUGCCUUCUAAAGAAUAAUGAAUGGUACUUUUCUGAGUAUGAACUCCCAUGUAUUGAUUACUCUUCCCUGGUGCACCCCAAACAUGUAGGAAACAUGUUGGA